AUGAAACUGCCGCUCUUCACGGUGUCUGGUCUUAUCCCAUUGCGGUACCGACGCGCGACAUUGGCCCUGCGCUACCUUCGCUACGCCCUCGAACAGCCCCCGACCCGCCUGCUGCACCACGCACUCGAAGAAUCCCUGGCACUCUACAACGCGGGACACUCGGGGUGGUUAGGCGACCUGCACAACGCUCUCGGGGCGCUACCACGCGCACUCACUCUUCUGGCGGCGGCGACGCUCCGCCUUCCGCGCGCUGUAGAGAGGAUCAUCAGCGAAGUCGAUAAGGUCAUGCGCGCGCAAUUCCUGGACACCAUCCGGAAGGCUCUACAUGAUGCUCGACAGGCUCGAGCCGCAAAAGCGUGA